AUGCGACACCUGGCAAUGGGCGAUUAUCAAAGACCUCAAACAUUUCGCGCGACCAGGCCCAAGAAGAGAGCGAUCGCAAAAUCAAAUGCUCUGGAGAAAGACCAUGUUCGAAAUGCCGUGCUUCAGGUUAUGAUACACAAUGCAGUUACACGACUCGAGAUCGCAAAGUACGCGUGGAUGAAAGGUACAUUUUCGCACUGGCAACCCUUUGCUCAAAUGCUGAUGGCCAUGAAUGAUAGCUAUCUCGAGCAGCUUUUGAAGGAUAGCGAGGAGCUACAUGCGCGACGGUAUCGCUCAAAGCAAAAUCCCCACCCAUCCCAUCAAGAGCCCAUCCCCCAUGAUGAUGCCACUGAGCACGAUGAGCCUAGGAUACAGGGGAAUCUCCUCAAUAAUAAGCCAUGGUUCCAGGUGCAUGACGCAUCAGUGCUCCCUUUAUACAUCAGCGAGGCAACGUGCACGGCCUUUGCUACUCGACUCUGCCAGUGUCUGACAAAGACCAACACCCCAACGCUUUACCUCCCCAAAACCAGAUAUACGGAUGAAUCGACACUUUCAUCCUUACUGCAUACGGACGUGCAGUGGCCUAGUCUUGUCUGCGCCCAGCUCUUAGUGAAGACUGCGCUAGGCCACAUUAUCCCGUGCUUUCACCUGGCACUGAAAAAAGACUCAAUGGACAUGCUUCAUGGUGUUUAUCAGCGAGGAGACUUUGAAGAUCCAAGUAUCAAGUGCAAAUAUUUUGCCCUUUUUGCUCUUGCGGAGGCUUUUUCAACUCCUCACGAUAGUUCUAAUCAGCCCUAUGUACCGGGUUCUGCUUAUUUCGCCCGAGCAUUGAGCCUUAUUCAGAUCAUCCCCGAAAGACCAAGCAUGAUUCACAUAGAAAGCUUGCUGUUGAUUGCGUACUUCUGUCAGUUCUUGAACCGCUUCCACUCUGCGUACCUACUUGUAGGAAACGCACUGCGUCUUGGACUCAGCAUAGGCUUGAACUACAACGUGCCGCAGUCUCAAAACUUGCACCCAAUAGCUAGGGAGCAUCGGAUCCGUCUCUGGUGGACUAUCUACACCCUGGAACGUUUCUGGGGCUCAAAAUCAGGGUUUCCUGUGCAAAUCCAUGAUGAUGAUAUCCAUAUGGGGCUUAUCAGAUUGCAGCUAUUGAGCUAG